CUGUUCCUCUCAUUACUUUUGAUCAAAUAGGAUAAUAUCACUACACAUUUCCAUGAUGCUAAUUGCUAGUGCAACCCUUAUGUACACCUUAGCAAGAUUGGCCAACUGUCACCAUGACCCCACCAACCCACAUGAUCACCCUUAUAUCUCAACUCACCCUUCCUUACCUUUUUUCUCUAUAUAAACUUGUAUAUCCAUAAGUUUUGGAGAAUAGGAGAAAAAAAUAAAGUAAAAUUAGAAACCCUUGUACUUGGUUUCAUGCCAAAUUAGCGAACCCUUUUAGUUGCCAAUUAGAUCACACUAGUAUGGAGGUUGCAGUGGAACUGGAAGAUGAUCUCUUUUUUGCAGAUUUGAGCAAGGAAAUUUCUCUCCUAAUUAUGGAUGAAGAGGAAGACCCUCUUGCUUCUUGUCCUGCACACUCUCUUCAGGGCUUUUCUGGGGCAAUUCAUCCUCCUCCACAGUUUGCUUUCCUCUAUGAGCAUGCUUUGAGAAGAGAAAGCAAAGGAACAGGUGUGUUUAUCCCCCAGGCAACACAGCCAAGAAGGAAGCAGAGGAAAGGCAGGUCCAGUAAUUCAUAUGCAAAACAUCAAAAGCAAUCUCAAGAAACCAGAAUGGUUUCUCAAGUUCCUAACAAGAAUUCUUUCAAAUCCAGAAAUGGCUGAGGAUCCUUGUGAACACCUGCAUAAUCUUACAAAAUCUAGUGAUUAAUUUGUUUGCCAAGUUUAAUAAUUUGUGGAUCUAAUUCUUUAGCCUUUAGGCAAUAAUUAUGUGGUUAAUAAAUUGGUAUUGUUUAUAUAUAGGUAAAUGUACAUGGGAAAAACCAUAUAUACCUAAAAUAUUAGGCUUUAGGUACCAUAUAGGAAUAGGAAGGUUCAUCCAAGGUUUUGUAACCUUCCUCUGCAGACAAGCAUUUCAUUGUUAUCUGGUUUCUUGUGAUAAGUUUGUCAUAUGGUUGCAAAGAUAUUAGUGAGAGUUCUAUUUCCUUCCUUGUUU